GUUUUCUGCACGGUAUAUGGUCUGCACAGUCAAGUGACAGCAUUGCCUGAGCAGAUACUGUUGAUACGAAGACCAACUGAACCAGGAUGGGGAGCACGGUCAGCACGGGCGAGGACAACGAUGACCUGGUGGACAACCUGGUGGAACGGGACUGCAUCACCACUGGCGGUGUGGAACAUGUGUUCCGAGCAGUCGACCGAGGCAACUACUUCACAGAGGAGUGCAGGGACAGUGCUUACAAGGACACAGCCUGGCGGAGCGACAAUUUGCACCUGUCGGCGCCGUGCAUAUACUCGUCCGUGAUGGAGAACCUGAGCCUGCAGCCGGGCCACAGCUUCCUCAACAUCGGCUCCGGCACCGGCUACGUCAGCACCAUGGUCGGACUCAUUAUCGAGAGCACGGGCGUCAACCAUGGGGUGGAGCUCUACCAGGAGGUGAUCGACUACGCCCAGGAGCGGCUGGCUGAGUUCAUCGCCUCAUCGCCGGCCGUGGAUCAGUACGACUUCUGUCCGCCUCAGUUUGUGUGCGGCAACGGUCUGCUGAUCGGGCCCGGUCAGCAAUACGACCGUGUGUACUGCGGGGCGCGCUGUCCGCUGUCGGAACUGGCCUGCCUCAAACAGCUGCUCAAGGUGGGCGGGGUGCUGGUAGUACCCGUCAACGACUAUCUGAAGCGAAUCGAGCGACUCGGGGAGAGCGAAUGGGACGUGCAGGACAAGCUGUCCGUCUCCUUCGCCGGGCUGAUUGAGCCCAACGUCAGCGGUCACAGCGGUCCGCUGAGCAUGCCGCCGCGGGUGCCGGCCUCACUACAGCAGCUGUGUCGCACGGCCAUCCGCCGUCUGCUGCGCGCUCAGCUGCUGGCCGACCAGCCGCCGCCAGCGGCCACGGCGCGCGCCCAGCGCCGGCGCCGGCCCACCAGCGGUCGCGCGGAGGAGGAGCGGCGCAUCCGACGGUUCGUGCUGCCGCUGGUGGGCGCCUCGGUCGCCGAGAUUCGCAGCUCCGACGGGGAAGGGGAGGAGGAGGGGGAGGAGCGGCGCACCGGGCGCCACAGACGCGACUCGGGACACUCUGAGGAGGCGUUUAUGGAGCCGACCGGCGCAUCCGAGGAUGACUCGGACGAUGAAGAGCAGGAGCGGGAUGGCCAGCUCCAGCAGGAGCGGCAGGAUCGCCGGCAGGAGCGGCUGGAUCGUCUGCAGAAGCGCGCUGCGGCUACAGCCAACUCCCAGCAGAAUGAGGGGCAGGAGACGGCCACCCCUCAGCAGGAGCAGGAUGCGGUCCCUGGUAACUCCCAGGAGCAGAAGGAGAGUAUCCCGGCUGCCUCAAAAGAGUCUGCCUCUUCGAACUCAGGACAACAGACGGAGACGGAGACAGAGACAGGAGACCAGGGAGCGUCUCCCGCAGAGGCAGGAGACAAUACAGUGUCUACGCCAGAGGCCUCUCAGUCUCGCGCCUCUCUGAAGCGCUUCAACGAUGACAGUACGGCGGGCACAGAGGGUGGGCCGGCCGCCGGCGCCGGGCCCUGUGAGACUCAGAAGCGCGGCCGGUGCGACCACCUGGACAGUGGUCUGGGCGACUCGCCGCCGCUGCCGCCGCGCGACCACUCGGAACCCGAGAACGGCGUGGCCGCCUCCUCAGACGAUGACGGCGACGAUGACGACGGUGAUGACGGUGACGUCAGUGAUCGGGAGCGUCCUCGACGGCGACCGGCGCGGUUCAUAUACGGCCACGUGCCUCCGAUGUGGCGACACUCUGCCCAGUCGCGCGCCGAGUUCGCUAACGAAAUCAGCCGGUUUCUGGUGGGCUACUCUGAUGACGACGACCGGGACGAGCCGGAGCUGGACGGUGGCGAGCCGCACCGCGGCCGCUGUCCUAUGAGCAGCCGCCGACGAGCGCGGCCCUCCCGACACGCCUCUGUCGAGGCUAGCCAGCGCCUGGCAGACCAGAUGAGGGAGCGUAUCGUGCGGCUUCCGCUGCCGCUGCCGCUGCGCCAGUACGUGAACCUGGACCGGCCGCUGUGAGGGAACCGGGCGGUACUCGACGGAGAAAUGUCUGAACUGUGAUAUAUGAGAGUGUAGAUUGUCGGGGGACUUCGGCUGAACACUAGGCGGAGUGCCGAUCGAACUGCGUUCGGGCUUGGGUCGGUAAGUGUACUGAAUCGACUGCUAUGAGGAGCGAGAGUGAUGUUGGUUGGAAUGGAUGUUCAUUGUACACAGAGAAUAAAGAAGUACCUACCUGCUAAUAUACGUAACUAAAAUACGAUUUACUGAAGCUAAUGCGACCAACCCAAAAUAGUGCUAGAAUGGGAUAACUUCGUGCAUGCCCAUCUCUUCUCCCAUGACAGCCUGGUAGACGCAUUGGUUUGAAGCGGUGUGUGUACAUCAGCGUUUUCUGACUUUUUAUGUAUCAGUCGCACUGUUAAACAAUCCAAAGGUUAUGCAGUCUCGAAAUAUUGAUUUGAGCAUGCUAGUGAUGGUUGCUCACCAGAAAAUGAUGUCGGCGACAGGAGUGAUACCAUGCGGGGAUGUCACUUAUUGAGAGUUACUUCGUGAUUUAUUCAUAACCAAGUGGGCUGUGGUGCAUGCAUGCGUACUGGCCCCCUUUUUCAGCAAUUUUUGCGCGUGAGUUGUGUGUUGACCGCGACAGAAAGGCGUUAUUUUCGUUCAAUAGGCACUGCUUCGUUUGUCAGGGCUGAAAGUGGAAUACUGCGCAGAAUGUUCUCGCUCGAUGCUGAUUGGCUGUUGGGCGCCUUGUCUGGUUCGUGAUUGGUGCAUAUUUGGUGGCGAGACCUAUGAUUGGCAGAGUGGUUCACGUCCUUCAGCGCAGAGCGUUUCUCUCAGAUAUUGUGUAGCCUGUAGGUGAUAUCCGAUCUGUUAGAUUUCGUAGCUCUCUCGCGGCUUAUCAGCUGCAACUGUGCAUCAUUUGCAACUGCUACUUAAAGCAAGUCUGGUAAUUCUUAUUGGAUCGAUAACGUAUGUCUAUCCCUGGUUUGUAUAUGAAAUAUUGGCGUUGCAGGUACCGGUAAUCCACUAAACACCUCUUGCUACCAGCCAAGCUACUCAUGGUUAAGCCGUUUUGAGGCGGACUGUUUUCAGACUAACGGGUGUCUACUAAAUAAUGAGAAAAAGUUUAAAGGCCUAUAUCUCGGUAAUUACGUAACUUAGAUCAUUCAAAAUUCGCAUGAGGAUGCACCUAUUUAUUGGUUAUCAAGAACCUUCGAAGCAACGCACUGAGUUCAUCAUGUUUCACGCCAGGCCGCACGAGCCACCCGACCCCCUCGAUCAAACGUCGCGGCACCUUCGCGUUAAACGAGACCGAUAAUUUCUGACUUCGCGUCUUCAGAUGUCGGUCCAAAGCUGUGGUCUAGUCCCCUAAAUAUAUUUCUUUUUUGGCAAAGCCUCACAA